GAAGUGAGGGCGUGCGAGGCCUCUCUGGAAGUUGUCCCGGGUGUUCGCCGCUGGAGCUCCGGGUCGAGAGGACGAGGUGCAGCGCCGGGAAAAUCCUCUACUGCUGCUGGCUCCCGGAGCCCAGCCCUUUCCUAACCCAGCCCAGCCCAGCCCAGCCCAGCCCACUCCCAGCCGCCAACGCCCGUCCCUGCUGUGGACCCCAGCGUUACCAUGAAUCCUGCCGUCUUCCUAUCUUUACCCGACGUCAGAUGCUCCCUGCUGCUCCUGGUAACUUGGGUUUUUACUCCUGUAACAACUGAAAUAACAAGUCUUGACACAGAGAAUAUAGAUGAAAUUUUAAACAACGCUGAUGUUGCUUUAGUAAAUUUUUAUGCAGACUGGUGUCGUUUCAGCCAGAUGUUGCAUCCAAUUUUUGAGGAAGCUUCUGAUGUCAUUAAGGAAGAAUAUCCACAUAAAAAUCAAGUAGUGUUUGCCAGAGUUGAUUGUGAUCAGCAUUCUGAUAUAGCCCAGAGAUAUAGGAUAAGCAAAUACCCAACCCUCAAAUUGUUUCGUAAUGGGAUGAUGAUGAAGAGAGAAUACAGGGGUCAACGAUCAGUGAAAGCACUUGCAGAUUACAUCAGGCAACAAAAAAGUGACCCCAUUCAAGAAAUUCAGGACUUAGCAGAAAUCACCACUCUUGAUCGCAGCAAAAGAAAUAUCAUUGGAUAUUUUGAGCAAAAGGAUUCAGACAACUAUAGAAUUUUUGAAAGAGUAGCAAGUAUUUUGCAUGAUGAUUGUGCCUUCCUUUCUGCAUUUGGGGAUGUUUCAAAACCAGAAAGAUAUAGUGGAGACAACAUAAUCUAUAAACCACCAGGGCAUUCUGCUCCAGAUAUGGUGUACUUGGGAUCUAUGACAAAUUUUGACCUGACUUACAAUUGGAUUCAAGAUAAAUGUGUUCCUCUUGUCCGAGAAAUAACAUUUGAAAAUGGAGAGGAAUUGACAGAAGAAGGACUGCCUUUUCUCAUACUCUUCCACAUGAAAGAGGAUACAGAAAGUUUAGAAAUAUUCCAGACUGAAGUAGCCCGGCAAUUAAUAAGUGAAAAAGGUACAAUAAACUUUUUGCAUGCAGAUUGUGACAAAUUUAGACAUCCUCUUCUGCAUAUACAGAAAACUCCUGCAGAUUGUCCUGUAAUAGCUAUUGACAGCUUUAGGCACAUGUAUGUUUUUGGAGACUUUCAGGAUGUAUUAAUUCCUGGAAAACUCAAGCAAUUUGUGUUUGAUUUACAUUCUGGAAAACUGCACAGAGAAUUCCAUCAUGGACCUGACCCAACUGACACAGCCCCAGGAGAGCAAGUCCAGGAUAUAGCAAGCAGUCCACCUGAGAGCUCCUUCCAGAAGCUAGCACCCAGCGAAUAUAGGUAUACUUUAUUGAGGGAUCGAGAUGAGCUUUAAAAACUUGAAAGACAAUUUGCAAGCCUUUCAACAGCAACAUCAACUUACGUGGUGGAAAUAGUAAACCUAUAUUUUCAUAAUUCUAUGUGUAUUUUUAUUUUGAAUAAACUGAAAGAAGUUUUGGGUUUUUAAUUUUUUUCCCCUCCCCCUGACUCAAAAUACAUUGUCAUUUAAUAUAGCCUCUUUUUAAAAAUCUGCUAGGGUUAAAAAAAUAAAUAAAAACCAGAGGCCUCUCUUCGCUUUAAUUCUGUCCUGUACAAUUUUUAUAAAUCAAGUGAACAGUAACAUUGCCAGAUACAUACCAUUAACUUGCACUAUAGGUUAGGGAGGACUUAGGGAUGUUUCCUAUUUAAAUAUGUGCUUUUCUUUCUUUUCCUUUCAUAUGAUCAAUUCUGUUGGUAUUUUCAUUAUCAAAUUUCUGAAAGCUAAAGGGGUAUAUAUUCUGGAUACUUGGGAGGGGAAUAAAUUAAAAUUUUCACACUG